UGAACUCAUGACAAAACGAUGAUCUGUAUGAAAAAAGAAGAAGAAGAAGAAUAGUGUGGUAUUUCCGAAAAGGAAAAAAGAAGUUUAAUAAAGAUUUAAUGCAAGAACUAUUUCAACACUUCUUUUUUUCUGUCAUCUGUCAAAGGGUUAUUUGUUACCAGCAAAUGAACGAUUCUGCCAAUGAUACAGUUCCUACUGAGCUAUUAGUAGAUCUUCAUGUCAAAUACAUACAGUCAUUAGAUACUAGAAAAGAUGAGCUUGAAUAUUGGUUAACUGAACAUCUACGUCUGAAUGGCAUUUAUUGGGGACUCAACGCGCUGGACUUGAUGGGUCACAUCGAUGCUCUACCUCGGCAAAAAGUGAUAGAUUACGUAUCCAGUCUUCAACACGCCAAUGGCGGUUUUGGAGGCGAUACUCAUCACGAUCCUCAUCUCAUAUAUACAGUAUCAGCUGUACAAAUCUUAGUUAUGUUGGACGCUCUAGAUGCCAUCAACGUUGAGAAGGUUGUCGACUAUGUUAAAGGGUUACAAAAUGAAGAUGGUUCUUUCAAAGGUGACGAAUGGGGAGAAGUAGAUACUCGAUUCUCAUAUAUUGCCCUCAAUAUCCUCUCUCUCCUUCACCGUCUUGAUGCCAUUAACAUAGAAAAAACAGUAGAAUGGAUUUUAUUAUGCAAAAACUAUGAUGGAGGAUUUGGAGCACGACCUGGCGCAGAGUCUCAUGCAGGUCAAAUCUUUUGUUGUGUAGCUGCAUUAGCCAUCGCCAACGCUCUUCACCACGUGGAUAAAGAUCUCUUAUGCUGGUGGUUGUGUGAACGACAACUUAAAAAUGGCGGAUUGAACGGCCGGCCUGAAAAGUUGGAAGAUGUGUGUUACAGUUGGUGGGUGCUUUCUGCCUUGGCGAUAUUGAGAAGAACACAUUGGAUUGACCGGGACAAAUUGAUAAUGUUUAUCCUGUCAGCGCAAGAUCCCGAAAAUGGAGGCAUAUCGGAUCGACGAGGCGAUAUGGUGGAUGUCUUUCAUACUAAUUUCGGAAUUGCGGGUUUAUCAUUGUUGGGUUACAAAGGGUUAAAAAAAGUAGAUCCAGUUUAUUGCUUGCCAAGUUAUGUUAUUGAUAGAAUAGGUUUGCCAAGUAAAUAUGUAUAAAUUUAUAGAAAUAUGAAUGAGAAAAAAAAAAAAAAAA